AUGGAAUUGGUUUCAAAGCCAAACGCGACAGCUGCCGUGUGGGAGCACUUCGGAUUCAAACCGAAUGACCGUGGUGAACCACUUAACCUGAGCGAGCCGUGCACCAUAACUGGGGCAUUUAGUCGACAAACAAAGUACAAACAGGACAGUGCAAACUGGUGUGCACUCACCGACAGUGUAGUUCGCUUGAUUGCUAAAGAGAUGCUGCCCUUUAGUAUCGUCGAAAAGCCGGCAUUUCGACGAAUGCUGCAAACAUUUGACAGCCAGUAUGAAUUGCCUGGGAGAACAUAUGUGUCACAAACGGCAAUUCCACAACUGUACAACAGCAUUAAAGAUGACAUACUAAACGAGAUCAAAGACAUCCAAUUUUUCUCUGCCACUACGGAUAUGUGGUCAAGUUCAAACAUGACCCCCUAUAUGAGCUUGACUAUACACUAUAUAAGUGCUGACUGGAGCCUGCACUCCAAGUGUUUAGAGACCAGGUAUGUCCCAGAUAACCAUACUGCUGACACCCUUGGAGAAAACCUGAAGUCUGCUGUAGCAGAUUGGGGACUGGAUGAGCACAAACUAGUUUGCAUCACUACAGAUAAUGGUGCUAACAUUGUUGCUGCAAUAAGGGAUCUUGGCUGGCCAUGGCUCAAUUGCUUUGGUCACAACCUCCAUCUCGCUGUGUCCCAUGGUCUGGACAGCAACAAAGAUCGGACAGCGCGUGCCAUAGGACUCUGUAAAGGUUUGGUCAACACAUUCAACCUGAGCUGGCUUAAGAGGAGAGACCUGAGGAAGGCACAGAGUGAGGCUAAUCUCCCCCAACACAGUCUAAUACUGGAUGUUGUCACACGAUGGGGCACUAAGCAGAAGAUGGUAGAGAGGGUGCUGGAGCAACUCCCAGCCAUAAGACGUGUCCUGGUUGAAGACAAAAAACAUAGCCACCUCAACCCAACCUGGCAGGAUGUUGCUGUGUUGGAGUCUAUCAACGCAGCAAUGAAACCACUGGCUGACUUCACAGAGAUCCUCUCAGGGGAAAAAUACGUCACGGUGUCCUCGGUUAAGCCUGUGUUGGAACUGAUUAAAGACGACCUUCUCUCUCCAGGUCCUGAUGACACUACACUGACAGUCAGUAUUAAACAAAACAUGUGCAGGGUACUGACUGAAAAAUACAGCUCACCUGCAAUCAAUGUCCUACUUAGAAAGGCCACCAUCUUGGAUCCAAGGUAUCGUGGCAGCAUGGAGGAGGCAGGUGCACUGGAUGAUGUCAAACAUCAGCUUGUGCAAGAGCUACUGGACUUAGGACCAGAAGAAAGUGGAGAAGGUACAAGUGGUGAGAGCUGCGGCAAAGCCACUGGAGGAAACGAGGAUGAACCUACUGCUGCCGCACUCACCAAGAAGAAGAGGCUGAGUGACCUUCUUCAAAACAGAAGAGCUCGUAAUCUCAGUCAGGCCCAGGCUGCAUUUCCAAAAAGAGUGCUGGCUGAUGCAGAGCUGACUAAGUUCCUCCAAGAGGAUGCAAUUGAUGCAUCUUGUGAUCCCUUGGUGUGGUGGCAUGACAAUCAAAGAAGAUAUCCUUUGAUGGCCAAGUUGGCCCAAAAAUACAUGUGCAUUUGUGCUACAAGCACCAGCUCUGAGAGAAUGUUUAGCACAGCUGGCAACAUUGCUACUCCUGAGAGAUCCUGCCUUAAGCCACACAAAGUCAACAUGUUGGUAUUUCUUGCACGGAAUCUGCCAUAA